CGAGCAGCACAUACGCAAGGCAUAAGCGUGACUCGCUGCCUGUUUCGGCUCAGUCACCAGACCAGAAGCACAAAUUUCAGAAUCAUGACAAAUAGCAACAGCUCAGACACCUCCUCCGAUCUCCAAAAAUACGGCGUGCCGUUUUACGGAGCCGGCUGGGUUCCUUACGACCACAUCAGAUCCAAGCUCGCGUCACAAGAAAAAAAUGAAGAAAAUGAAGACAAAGAACCAACUCAAUCCAAAGAUGAUGAGAUUAGCACCUCCCAAAACUACGUCGUAUUUUCUGGCGGUGGUGGUGAAGGCCGUAGCGGCAUCCCCAAUGCAAUCGUCGUCUCGCAUGUCGAUUUCGCCUCUAAUUCUCUAUCUGAACAGCCUGUGUUUAAGCUGGGAACUGAUUCUGAUUUGCCUUACCGAAUGACUGUUCAUCCGCGUGGAGAUGGCAUUAUCUGUGCAUUGCAACAGAGUUGCAGGUUGUUUGAGUGGGAAGAACCACAGGAUAAUGAAGUACAAAACCUGGGUGUCAAGGUGUCAGAGAAAGUUCUGACCCAGUUAGAAGAUGUUGGACAACAAUUAGCACUGAGAUUUAACAGUGAGGGUUCCAUACUGGCUGUUGGUGGUGAGGAUGGCAGUUUAAGGGUUUUCAAGUGGCCUAGCAUGGAAAUAAUUCUCAAUGAAGCCCAAGCUCAUUCUUCUGUUAAGGACUUGGAUUUUAGCUGUGAUGGAAAAUUUCUCGUCUCAUUGGGAAGUGGCCUUUGUAGGAUUUGGGAUGUAGAGUCAUCAAAAGUUGUAGCUUCUCUGGCAAAGGGAAAUGAUGAGGUUUUUGCCUUCUGCAGAUUUUCUCAAAUUAAUGAUAAGGAUCCAGUUCUGUAUAUUGCUGCAGUCACAGACCAUGGUGGGAGUGUUUUAACAUGGAACACAACCACGUGGAAGAGAAUGCGCUCAAAUCGAGUAGUCCGGGAAGCUAUCUCUGCAUUCAAUGUCUCAGCUGAUGGGAAGUUCCUUGCAGUUGGAACGGUUGGAGGAGACCUUUUUAUCAUAAAUUCUUCCAAUAUGCGAGCUCAAAUGAUGGUGAAAAAAGCUCACCUUGGUUUGGUUACAGCAUUGACAUUCUCCCAUGAUUCAAGGGCUUUGAUCUCUGCAUCACUGGACUCAAGUGCUAGGGUGACACUAAUCAAGGACAAGACAAAAACUGGUGGAAUGAGCUGGAUGAUCAUAUUUAUUGUACUACUACUCGCUAUUGCUGUGUAUUUUAUGAAGGAGAAAGGAAUCAUACCAUAAAGCAGGCUACUAAAUUUUGGAAUCUAAAAUGUGAGACUACUUGUGUCUUAAACUUUUGAAAUUGGUAGAGUAACUUAAAUAGAUUCUUAUUAAUGUGAUAUGAUAUGGAGUUGUGAUUCGGAUGGUGGCUGGGUCGCACGCAACCCCUGGCCCUGCCUAAUGAGUAACCCGUAGCGCAUGAUACUCACUUUGAAUUUGCAUUUAUAGGCAUUUUGUGCAUACAAAUUGGAAACCAGCGCAUAUUUUCGUUUCCAUUUAAUCAUUUGUUUCUAGUAUAAGUUCUCAUUUGACCUUAA